CAACACAAACAAAAAUACAAACUAUAACCAAAGCAAAUUAAGCUACCAUGAGUGAAGAUAGAUCAAGGGGAAAGUCAAAGGACGACGGCGGAAAUGUCCGCUACCGAGGUGUUCGAGUUCGACCAUGGGGGAAGUUUGCGGCCGAGAUUCGUGACUCCAAUAACCAGGGUCAGAGGAUUUGGCUAGGAACUUUCAACACGGCUGAGGAAGCUGCUAGAGCUUAUGAUAGAGCUGCGUAUGAUAUGAGAGGUUCAGCUGCAAUCCUUAAUUUUCCAAAUGAAUACAAUAUGCCAGUUAGUACCGGCUUCGGUGCCACUUCUGCUUCAUCAUCUUCAUCUUCUUCGUCUUCAAGGAAUGCAAAUGCCGGAAGUGGAGGACGACAAGUGUUUGAGUUUGAGUACUUGGAUGAUCAGUUGUUGGAUGAGCUUCUUGAUUUUGAAGAUAAGAAAAAAUAAGAGACCUUGAAAAGUUAACAUACUACUAAUUAUGUACUAUAUAUUACAAAUAAUGUUACUCAUGAAGAUGGUACUAUAUAUUAUAAUUAAUGUUACUCAUGAAGAUAAUGUUACUAGUUAUACAAACUAGUAAUUAUGCACGUAUGUAAUUCACCUAGUUGAUAGGGUGAUUUAAAGUGCGACUAUGAUUAUAACUAAUGAAGUUUUC